AUGUCUACCGCCACGGUUUUUCUGUUCCUACUGGACAAUUUGCCUGAUUUUCAAAAUUCAUUAAAUUCAACGCUUGCUACGUUAUUAGAUAAAGAGGAUUUGUCUUUGGAAUUUUCUAUUUUACAUAAAUGCAACCCGACCGUCGCUCAGUCGGUGCUCAACGACAUCAAGAACAACGUAGAAGAAGAAAAGAUAUCGCACGAAAAUGUAACAGACGUAAAACAUGAUAAUUUUAAAGAAGUUUUCGAUGAAUUAUCACCAGAAACUCUGUACAACAUAGGUACAGUAUUCGAUAAUACUGUAGAGGAUUCCGAAAAUCUAGAUUCAUAUGAAAGUAAAAAAUCUAAUAAAACAUCUAAAAUACGACCAGAUUAUCCUAAGUAUUAUAAAGAUCAGGAAGGAGAUGAUGUUGAUAUGGACAAUGCGAUCGAUUCCGAUAUAUUUGACAGCAAAGUGAAACUGCCCGAGAGCGUGCCGUCUAUGGUCGCUAUGUUUGAGACGCUGUCGAAUAUUACCGCGCAAACUUGCGGCGGCACGCUGCUCUCUCCGCGCUGGGUUAUCACGACUGCCACUUGCUUAGACUUAUUGUCCGGUAACGGUUCCAAAUAUCAUAAUUCAAGUAAAAGUGAGUACACGAUUGUUGCGGGCGCGAACAAUCCAUUAAAGGACGGCACAAUACACCACGUUACUGAUAUGAUCUUGUUUCCCAAAGAGACUCUUAAAACUAACAGUUCUGUAGACAAUUUGAAAAGGACUACGACAACUGGAGUACACGUGGGCAAUGUUACCUUAGCCCUGCUGAGAAUAACACCGCCAGCGCAUAUCCAGACAUUAACAAUAUCUCAUGUCCCAUCAAAGGGGGAAGAAGAUGUACAAUUGUAUGGAUGGAUUCAAGUAAAAGAAGCAAAUGGUAAAGAAGUGAUGAAGGCAACUUCAAUUUCAGCUAAAACAAUGCGCUCUGAAGAGUGCGGCGCUAAUCUAAGCGAUGUAUAUCACGAGGCAAUGCUAUGUCUGAACCCUAAAAAGAAAACGCGAAAAGACGUCGAAAGUAAAAUAAAACAGCAAGACAUUGUACAGAUGCACUCCGGGGGCCCGGUGCUGGCGGCGCGCAACAACAAGCCGAUGUUGCUGGCUGUGGCGCAGUUCGAGCUGCCGUCGCCGCGAGCGCCGCUGUACGCGCACCCUCUCGCCGCACACGCCACAUGGAUAAACGCAGUCAUUGCUUAUAAAUAA